GAUGUCAACACCGGGGUUUACAUGCGCACUGUGGCUGAAUACCUAUUGGUUGGUGCGAGUAGCAGUAUGAUAGUUUUUCUGGUCCUUUUAUACAUUUUACGAUUCUAGAGAAAUUGCUUAUAUUAGAGUAUCUCAAGAAGAAGUUAAAAUGAAUUAUGUGACCGGAUGGCUGACAUUUAUUAGUAUUGUAUGUGUCCAGAGAUUAAUUUGUAGUAGUAACACAGGUGGUAUGUAUCAGUUGAUGGCGCCGCUCCUGUAUCAAGCUUUUUCUGGGGAUCUAGAAAUAGAGUACAAACUCUUAACCAACGUGUCUCUACCUCAUGCCUUUGUGCGGUUGCUCUGUAUCAAUGAUCCGAAACCUUUAGAAGUUACCACCCUUGCUCUGCCUUUGGGUGUCAAUGAUGGACGUUUACUUGUUAUGUGCGGUAUAUUAGAGGUUGCUGGUAGAUAUGUAGCUAGAUUAUACACGCAUGAAGGAGGAACCAUUCUAACAGAAGCAAAAUUUGAUGUUUCUUGGCCAUCUAUUCAUCUAACUUUACCAGACAAAUAUGUUGCCUUGACUACCGGUGUUAAAAUGCGUAUUUCGUCAUCAGUUUCGUGUAAGUCGUUACUGAAUCGGGAGAAAAUGGUUUUAGCAAUUUAUCACGUGAGAGGUGAUAUUACUGAUCAAUUACCCCUCGGAUCAUCAAACCUGAUAACUAACACUACCAUGAUAGAUUUUACCAGUCAAGUGGAACAUGAAUUUCCUUGUAAUUUCUUUGACGUUGACGGUUCGUACCAAGCUGUGUUGAAAUCUACGUAUAAGCUUGGUACUGAGAUAACCAGAAGUAACAUUAUGGCAGCAGUAUGGAGCGAUCAUUAUAAUAUAAAUAUUAGAACAGACUCUGUUUUUCCUUGUCCAAAUUUAUUAAAUAUUCUUUAUACGCGUCCAUCAUGUCCCUCCAAAGAUAAGAUACGAAUAUUUAUGUUAAAAAAGGAAGUUAAAGGCUCUCUAGCAUCGCCAUUACAGCGGAAAUACGUGUUUGAAAGACGGAUUAGUCCAGAUAUGACUAUGUUAAGACUGAGUUGUAAUUUAUUUAAUACAACAUCAGCGGGAUAUUGUUUUAUGUAUGUCAGUGUUUCUAAAAUUGGUAGUGUACAGGAACAGAAACAAGUUUGUCUAUCAGCGCAUCCUAACUCAGAUGGUAAAUGGAGUAGUUGGUCUGAAUGGGGAAAAUGUUCACCAUCGUGUGGUGCUGGUAAAAGAAGUAGAUAUAGAUUAUGCAACACACCAGCACCAGCUAAUGGUGGACGGUUUUGUAGUGGUGAAGCAUUCCAGUGGCAGUCAUGUUACAAUAUGUGUACAGAUAAGAUUCCAGAUACACCUUUAAAGGUGAUGUCAUUUGAUUCAAUGUGUACUUGUGGUUGUCAAGUAAAAGCUGAGUCAGGGGGGAUAACUGCAAGUGGCAGAUGUCCCGGAAAGGCUGUGUGGCUAAUCCGUACUUCUUCAUCACAUCGAAUUCGUUUUGUGUUCAAGUACAUAGAUCUAUUAGUUGAUAAACAGGUUGUGACUAUAAGAAAUGGUGAUAAUGACAAUUCAGAUUUGUUAUAUAGAUCAAGUGAAGGCGACUUUAAAAGAGAGAUUUAUUCAUCUGGAAAUACAUUAUUAGUAGAACUAUUCACCAGCACCAACGAAACACUACAUAUGUUAAAUGUAACAUUACCUGUUUAUUUUCAUGGAUUUAUGGCAACAUUUGACAGUGAAGUUGUUUCUCCAAGCAGCUCUUCAAUUAUAAGGCGGGAAAUGGUAUCAAUUUUGGAUAGCUCCGCAACUACCGUUGGUAUAGCUUUGUGCAUAUUAAUAGUGAUAAUAGCCGUGGUUUUUGUAGCCUUCCAUAAAACAUUUCAAAAACGUCGCCAUAAGUAUGCCAUGGCUGGAACAGACAGUCCUGUGCGCAGUUUACAUGACCAUAGCUGUCAUGAUAGUAAUGACGCCAUUGAAGAUCACGAAAUUCAAGUUAGAUUAGCAGAUGAAACCAAGCGAAAACAGUUAACACCAACUAAUGGCGUUUCUCGGAAAUCAUCUGUGACAAGUGUGUGUAGUAAUGGACUGAAACGUUUUCGUUCUAAAGCAGAUAGCGACAUUAUUCAAAAACCCUCCAAUAAAGGCUACACACCUUUGGUUAGUCCAAUAGGGGCAAGUGACACGCCGGAAGUUCAUUCUACAGACAGAAAGUUUUUCCAAGGAAGUCCGAGUUUACGCAAAUGUGCCCCUCGGUCACCAAAAGUACAUCCGUCCCCUAAAUUAAGACAUGUGACAAUAAACAGCCAACCAGACUCUCCUGUUUCUACAAAACAAGAAUUGUUAACUAAAAAACGCUAUGAACCAUCCGAUAAUAUUAACGAUAAGAUAACACCUACUAAUACCGAUCAAAAAACACCUACUGUAGAUUUGGCCUUAAAUAGGUUUAUUGCCAAAAGAAACACGGACAAUGUUCCCAAAAACAGUGACAUAUCGCUAGCUACUAUACAAAAUGGGGAAGUCAUUGAGAAACCGUUAAAAAAAGAAACUUCCUUCAUACAAACUGUGCCUAAAGUUCCACGUCCUACAUCCCUAUCAGAAAGUUUCUCCUUGGAUACUAUAAACAAACCGGCAAAUGGUGGUAGCUUGAUGGCGUGUGAAAGAGAUCGUCUUUUACCUAAACCUGAUGGACAAAGUCCAAAAACCUAUCGUGAAGAACAGGCUUUACUCGUUAGUCCAUCAUCUUCUAAACCUAGUAAAACUAGCAGUAAACAAUCGUCAAUGACAUCUCCUUCUCAUAGUGUUCAAACACCUUCUGAAAUAGCACUUGAUGGCUUAGAAUUAGAAUAUGAUGAUUUUAUAGAAGAUGACCCUUUGUCCUAUUUUGAUUAUGAUGAAAUGCAGAGAUUGAAGUGGCAUGGUGGUGAGAAAAUUGGUAAACCUAUAAAUGAGGAGGACGAUUAAUGUUUGCUUAUAUUAUUAUUUUUAAAACGAGAGCCAGCUUUUGCCGAAAGGUCUGCUUCCUAAUACCCGGACAUUUUAAUCAUUUUCAAUGAGAAAGUUAUUUCAAAUUAUUAUAUAAAUCACAGAAAUGUACGCUAUUUAUUUAUUUCUUUAUUGAUUUGUUUAAAUAUGUAAACACAAAUAGAUCGAACAAGGUAUAAUUGUGCAUUCCAGUAUAAUCCCAGAUAAUCAAUAUCGUUGAUUCGGUACAACGAGCAGCUAAUGUGAGGUCCCUGUUGCCUUCUAUUGUUUCAAUAGAAAUGCAAAAUAUUGUUGGUUAAUAAUUCUAAAAGAAUUUUAUAUUUGUGUUUAAUAUUUAUUUGAUACACGCCCUAGUCAUUUUGUAAUAUCAAGUUACACUGUUUAACAGUAUUCAGAUUAUGUAGAGAGAAAUAUAUUAGAGAUAUAUUAUUUUGUUUGAGAAUAAAAACAUAGAUAUAACGAUGCUUAUUCAAAACUAAGCUUUGA